UUCAAUUACAUCACCAUCAUCGUCGUCUUCUUCUUCUAAACCAAAAUUCCCAAUUCGUUUUCUUUAACAAAAAAACUGAAACAAAAUCUCUCUCUUUGGUAGCUUCAGCAAACUCAGUUCAUUUGACACCAUAUAUGUCAGUUAAACUACCUGUCUUUUUUUUCAACAAAGAACAAGAGUUGGUUUUUUUUUUUUUGCUUCGUUAAACAGGUUUGGUUGAUUCAUAUAUUCAUAUACAUAUAUACAUGCAUAUAUAUGUGUGUGUGUGUUCAAAGUUUUUUUUUAAUUCUUAUUUUAUAUUUCAACCAGGUGUUAAUUAAGUCUCCCCAUUGGAAAACGCAAUAGAAUCUCUCUUCUAUUAUUAUAUUUUAUUAUUAAUUUCCCUCCAUUUUCCCGAGAAUAUUAUGGCCAUGACGGAAAAUCCAAAGUUGGAUUUCGUAUCUUCCUACGAUGGUGGUGGGUCGGAAGAAAGGAUAUCCACACAAAAGAAUUCGGGUUCGGAUCAUAUCAAUGGAGAUAAUAAACCCGAUAGUUUUGUUAUUGAUAUUGAAAGUUUCUCUCAUGGAGGAUCCAAUAUUAAAGAAGCCAACCCACAUUCAAGAAUCACAAGAAGCCUUUCUCGCAAAGGGUCUCAGAGAGGUGAUAGAGAUUCUUUUGUUUCCAACUCUUCUUCUUCAUCAGGAGGGUCGCCGGAAAAGCUAAUGGCGGUGGCGGAAGAGUUCACCGAUCAUUUAAGCAAUCCACAAGUCCAUCAUCAGCUCAUUAGUAUGACAUCUGGUAAUAAUAUCACAGCAGCAACUGAAAGUAGAUCCAACUUAAGGAGAAAUAGUAUCAGGCGAUCUCCUCCACCAUGGCUAUUUGAUCCCAAGAGGAUUCUCAUGUUCUUUGCCACCUUGUCGAGCAUGGGUACAAUUUUGCUGAUAUACUUCACAUUGACAAUUAGCCGAACAAAUGCAGAUGAGAAUGCUUUAGAUUAAGUGCGUAGUUAGGAACCAUACUCUCUCGCCAACCUAUUAGGCUGAUUAAAAUGUAUGUUGCUAUAUGUAGCACACACAUGGGAGUUUAGUUCAUGCCCGACAAAUAUAAAUGGGUGCAAGUGGUUGAUUGUGAGUGUUUUCUUCCUUUCUUUAUUAAGAAAUAUGUUUGCUGUUGAUGAGAAUUAUAUACCA